AUGGCUAAGACAAGGAGUAUGACUAGAAAUCAGAAUCAUGAUGAUGGAUCUAGCACUAAGAAGAUCAAGACUUGGGAUAAUGGUGGUGUGGCACCUUGGUUAGACCUUAACCAUGAUGUGCUCUUUUUAGUUAUGAUGCGACUUGGAAUUGUUGAUUUUUUUGCAUUCAGUGGAGUUUGUAAGUCUUGGAGAUCGCUCUCACUCUCUAACAAGAAAAGGUUUAUGGCAUCGAAACCACCCAUAUUGAUGCGUAUCUCUACUCGUGGUAAUGAGAAAGAGUGUUGUUUAAAGGACUUUGAAGGAAGAAAACUCAAAACCAUAAUUCCCCAUUCUGAAAGGUAG